AUGGAAAGUACAAUGUCCGCCCAAGUUACGUCACUUCUUGUAGCAAAUUUUAGCGGGAUGUGUACCAGUAAUGGACAAUCUACGAAAACGCGGAAUAAACUAUGGAUCUUGGAAAGAUACCGACAAGUUUUCAGGCUUAGGAUGGUACUGUACAUCAUCAACUGGAGAGACAUCAACUUUGGGAGCUGCCAAUCUCAGAAGAAGUCUAUCUCCUUUACAUGCCGAGGUGGAAGCUCUCCUCUGGGCGAUGAAGUGUAUGAUUGGUGCCGACAACCAAGAUGUAGAUUUUUUUACAGACUGUUCAGAUCUGGUGGAGAUGGUGUCUUCCCCAACCGAAUGGUCGGCUUUCUCAUCGUAUUUGGAGGAGUUACAGAGCGACAAGGAUGA